GAGUCCCGGACCCGCCGGCGCUGGGGACUCUUCCCGGGCGGGCGCUCGCCCUCUCUUUUAUGGAGCUUGGGCCCCCGCCCCAGCCCGGUAGAGGCUGUGGAGGUCUGCAGUCCCGAAGUUCGGUUCCCAGCCCUGUGGCCCACCCCCGGCUGCGGGGAGUGGCCGCCCUCACGAGGUAGCGGUGGCCAGCAGGCCCCCUCCCGGUGUGAAGCAUGGGCCAGAAGCUCUCGGGGAGCCUCAAGUCGGUGGAGGUGCGGGAGCCCGCCCUGCGGCCCACCAAGAGGGAGCUGCGGGGCGCGGAGCCCGGGCGGCCGGCUCGGCUGGACCAGCUGCUGGACAUGCCGGCCGCAGGGCUGGCUGUGCAGCUGCGGCACGCGUGGAACCCCGAGGACCGCUCGCUCAACGUCUUCGUCAAGGACGACGACAGGCUCACCUUCCACCGGCACCCGGUGGCCCAGAGCACCGACGGCAUCCGCGGCAAGGUGGGCCACGCCCGCGGCCUGCACGCCUGGCAGAUCAGCUGGCCGGCGCGCCAGCGGGGCACUCACGCUGUAGUUGGCGUGGCCACGGCCCGCGCCCCGCUGCACUCCGUGGGCUACACGGCGCUGGUGGGCAGUGACGCCGAGUCGUGGGGCUGGGACCUGGGCCGCAGCCGCCUCUACCACGACGGCAAGAACCGGCCCGGAGUGGCCUACCCAGCCUUCCUGGGGCCCGACGAGGCCUUCGCGCUGCCCGACUCGCUGCUGGUCGUGCUGGACAUGGACGAGGGCACGCUCAGCUUCAUCGUGGACGGCCAGUACCUGGGUGUGGCCUUCCGGGGCCUCAAGGGCAAGAAGCUGUACCCGGUGGUGAGCGCCGUGUGGGGCCACUGCGAAGUCACCAUGCGCUACAUCAACGGCCUGGACCCCGAACCCCUGCCCCUCAUGGACCUUUGCCGGCGAUCCGUCCGCUCCGCCCUGGGCCGCCAGCGCCUGCAGGACAUCGGCUCCCUGCCCCUGCCUCAGUCUCUCAAGAACUAUCUGCAGUACCAGUGAGCUCGGCCUGAUGGACAGCAGGGCAGCAAGGACACGCCCCAGGGGGGGCCGGGCCGCCUGUCACUCACAGUC